AUCGCCGAAUAUUUAGAUCUCCAACACAUCUAACGUUACCUGGACCUGGUGCACAUCCAGAAGAACGCCUCCAUGGUGUUGCGCCGGCUCCUGCGCAAGCGUUGGGUCCUGGGGGUCGUGUUCGGAUUGUCGCUCAUCUACUUUCUCAGCAGCACCCUCAAACAGGAGGAGCGAACGAUCCGUGAUCGGACUCUCCUGGAGGCGAGGGACUCAGACCACCACAUCCAGUGGAAGGUUAAGUUCAUCCUGGGCAACAGCAGCCGGCAGAUCUCGCAGUGCAGAAACUCUAUUCAGGGAAAGAGCCUUCUCACUGAUGAGCUGGGUUACGUGUGCGAGCGGAAGGAUUUACUGGUGAACGGAUGUUGUAAUGUUAAUGCUCCCAGCUCGAGCCAGUAUGUGUGUAAAAGCUGUCUGGCCAAUGGCUGCUGUAGCAUCUACGAGUACUGCGUUUCCUGCUGCCUCCAACCAGACAAGCAACCUCUUUUGGAGCGUUUUCUAAACCGAGCUGCAGAAGGCUUUCAAAACCUCUUCACUGCAGUGGAAGAUCACUUUGAGCUGUGUCUUGCCAAGUGUCGAACUUCCUCACAGAGCGUCCAACAUGAAAACACCUACAGGAACCCACAGGCGAAAUACUGCUAUGGUGAAAGCCCACCAGAACUGCUGCCAAUAUGACGCCAGCAAACCAGCUUCGAGUAAUGAAGGACAUUUCUUGCGACUCUUCUCAGGGGUCCCGAUAGGCCAAAAUGAACAAUAUUCUGAGUGGUGCACAAUCAUAACGACUUGAAAAAGACUUUACACUGCAUAUAUGUGUGUAGUAUCUAUUUUUUACCUCAUCAGUGACGAACAUCUUGUCAAACAGUCCGCCCAUUUUCUUUUUCUUUGCUCGUCAUACUAAGAUGACAACAUAACCUGGCUAAUUUUAUCAUCGGGUGGGAUUCCAGAAAGAGUCAUCGCUUUGUUGCUUCAUGCUUAAAACACUCAUGGAAACAAACCGAAAGCACCUCAGAUGAUGACAGCACCCCUCACACCCAGUGUGAGAUCUGAUUUAUGUGAUAAUCUGCAUGUAAGAGGUGUAAUAAUUUAAUAAAGUAAAUGUGAUUUUAUGUAGCUUUA